UCUGCUAUUAUUUUAGGUGAUACCAAACUUCGAAUCCAGAUGACUGAUUGGGAAGACAAAAGCUACUAUGCUGAAUAUGAUUAUUUCCGUGUCUCAAAUGAGAAAGACCUUUACCGACUGACCGUAAGAGGUUACAAUGGGACAGCUGGUGACUCUCUCACUUCUUACUGGGAGAAGCAUGAUGGUAUGCCAUUCAGUACUGUCGACCAAGACAAUGAUGGCCGCUAUUACGACAACUGUGCUGAUUACUAUCAUGGUGCCUGGUGGUUCAACAACUGCUUCGAUUCACAUUUGAAUGGCCGUUACUAUAAGAAAGGUCACCAUAACAACUAUUUCGUCCGUGAUGGUGUCCAGUGGAAUAGCAUCCAUCUUCAUUCAUCACUAAAGAAAGUUGAAAUGCUGUUAAAACCUGCAGAUGUGAUUUCUAAUGAGUUGUGACCAGGAUAAUAUACGUAUAAACAUAUGUGUGCGUG